CUUCAUAAUAAACUGUUACUACGAAAAAUUAGUCUCAACAAUUCCUGGAAUACCGACUAGCAAACAUGAAAGAGUACAAUACUGAAAGACCGGAUAAUACAAACCAGUGCCUGCGGUACAGAAAGCCUCGAAAGCCGGCGGGCCAGUGUACUACGGCUCACGCCUCAACGAACACAACAUCGACGAACAAUUUUGUUAACGCGCAAAUAAAUAAAAAACCUUGUUCAAGGAACUAUGCAACAGAUUUUAAAAUGCGACAAAAAUUCAAGACGACGAUAAUAACUGCUUCAAUGUUUAUUAUUAUUUUAUUCACGUCUAACAAUCGUUUUAUGACCCACGCAGCAGUGGCAAGAAUACCACGAUUUCUAGAUAUUGAGCAAGCUCUCGAAAGCAGCAAAUGCACAGUAAGAGAAGAGGUUGUGGAUAUAAGAAAAAUUCAUCCGACCCUACCACCAAAUGCAAUCUAUAUGCCUUCAUGUGUUGUCGUGAAUCGUUGCUCGGGAUGUUGUCAGAGUGAUUUAUUGCAAUGCAAACCAACAUCUACAUAUGUUACUAAAGUUAAGAUAUCGCAGCAGAUGUUAGAUCCACAUGGUUACGACGAAAUAGUUUUGGAAUUCACUCAACACGAUACUUGUGAAUGCAAAAGGUUUGAUGACACCACACCUGUUUGCGUUCAAAAAGAUUGUGAAGGCGGCCAGGUAUGGAGUGCCCAAGACUGUGCAUGUGUGGCAAGAUCGGCAAGUUUAUGUCAGCCACGAGAAUGUGGCAUCGGUGAAAGUUGGAGUGAUGCUACGUGUCAGUGUGAACCUGCCUGUGCACCACGUAACUGUAUUCCGGGUGAAAUGUGGAAUGCAACUUCAUGUUCCUGUGUACGUACUUGCCCCAUAGAACGUUGUCCAUACGGUCAAAUGUGGGAUAUAUUUCAAUGUGCGUGCGUGCAGAGGUGUCCAGCACAGGAAUGCGGAAAACACCAAUUUUGGAACCCAGAAAGAUGCCGAUGCCAGUGCAAGCCUUGUCAUCCACGGCGGGUGUUCCACGCUCGAUUCAAUCAGAAUUUGCAAACUUGUCAAUGCACUUGUCAAGCAGAACCACAUGGAAGGGCAGUUGCAGGAGGAGAGGAUAUGAUUUCGAUACAAAAACGUGCACGUGUGACUAUCCUUACGCAAAACAUAGGGGUAAAAGAGGAUGACGAACAUCACAAUGGUUUCAAAUCAUUGCUCUGCUUCGCAAUGAUUGCACUCGUGUUGUAAAAAGGUGUUGUGUACCCCAUAAAGUUUGGUAGCCAGCAGCCUUCGAAGGAAGCACUCAGCACUGCUACUGCUGUUGUUCACAAUUCACCGUCCUGUUUUGUCAACACUUCAGGCUGGAAUUGUCUAGAUCACGAACUUCUAUUUCAAGAAAAGUUGGCGCAGGAUUCAAUGCCAUUUGCGUUUAUUUGCAGUUCCCUCUGAGAAUCAUGACUUUGGAGACAUGUCAGCGUGCAAUGCACGCAUUGCCACAAAACCACCGUUUGUUUGAUUCCAGAGAAACAUGGAAAACUCCCAAAAUUACCAGGUGCAAAUCGGUUGCCAUGUUUUACGUGCGACUGGAACGAAAUCCCAUGAUAACAGUUUCGCUGAAAUUCAAUACUGAUAUGAAAUACUACAAAAAACCUCCAUCAAAUGUUAUAUUUCUCGGUAAUUAUCUUUAUAACCUUGGUGAACGAACGAGUCUAUUUAUAAACUAUCCUACAUAAGCCAUUCCAUCUUGCCAAUAGACUGGGUAAAAUAUUUUUUUCAGUAUGUUUAUUAAUUGUGGACGCAAUGAGAGUAUGACGAUGCUCUUUCAGUAAACACUGUAACAUUUUACCGUGCAUAUAAUGUGUGCUCUACUGGAUUAUCUUUAAUUGCCGCCGAACGUGACCGCUUAACAGCUUUAAGCUGCUUCAACAGUUCCAUUCAUGCGUUGAAGAAUUUACAGUCUGGGUCGAGCAAAUAUUACCUGAUGCAUUACUAGAAUCAACCGAUUUUUAUGGCGAAGUGGUUUACAAUCUAUGUGCAAAUAAAUGUACGGUGCAGACUGAUGAAUACUUUUGGACUCAAAUGCAAGCACACCAUUUGGCGAAUUUUUGUAAUGAGUUUGAUAGGCUUGAAAGAUUUCUGAAUUUUUAUAAUUUUUUUCAAGUAUACUUUCUUGUGUGCAAAUAUAAUUGGAUUCUUCCCGUUUUUUUUUAAAUGUACCAAUUUAAAAAUAUGAAACAUGAUUCCAAAAUUAUUAUUGUGCAUAGCGUAAUCCUUCACAAACAUGAAAUGAAAAAAUGUUUCCUGUUAUAAUACCAUUAAUAAAUUAACUGUUUUUCUUUUAAAUGGCUAAGAAAUUGCUAACGCCACAUCACCAUUUUGGCCCAUUUCUUCUGGCCGACAUUAGAC